AUGGAGGUUGUUUGUAGGAAGACUAUUGAUGUGGGUGAUGACAUGGAGGAUGUCCAUCCAUGGUUGUCGUUGAUGAAGACCACCUUAAUGAAGCAGCGAACAAAAGGAUCAAGCAAACAAUUCUGCAAUGAACCAGAGACUAUAUAUGUGAGGGCUUAUAAAUCGAGGAUGGAUCUUUUAAGAGCUGUAAUUAUCGGACCAGAUGGCACUCCUUAUCAUGGUGGUCUCUUCUUCUUUGAUGUGUGUUUCCCAAGCAACUAUCCUGAUAGCUCGCCUCUUGUGCAUUAUCACUCUGGUGGUCUGGGUAUCAAUCCAAAUCUGUUCAUCUGCAGCGAGGUUUGUUUGUAUGUUCCUACUAAAAGUGGUGGGUGGGAGUCGAUGUGGGUGCUUGGCACUACGACUAUGCUCCAACUUCUGGUCUCCAUACAGAAUCAGAUUUUGAAGGCUGAUCCGCUGUUCAACGAGCCUACAUAUGCCAUUCUGAAAGGCUCUUUUUACGGAACGCAUGCUUCAUUCCUAUACAAUGAGACUAUUUGGAUAAAAUCACUGAAAACAAUGAUGUAUGAUUUUAAGAUUUUCCCUUUUUUCUUCUUCUACUUGUAG